CGUGCAGCAGUCGACAUUUGUCUCUCGUGGGCAUUGUUUCUAGUCAUUGUGGUUCCUUGCUGGUUUACAUCACUAGAAUCAAAUGCGGACUUUUCUAUGCAUUCGGUUAAUUCUAACAGCCAGAAGAGCAAAGUCAAAAUCCAAGUAUUGCGUGAAUAACAUCCAGUAAGCGAAGUAAAUGAGGAAAUGUUGUUUGGUGUUCUUCAUAUUUUUAGCGAUCGAAAAGUCAAGCAAGUGAUUUGUCAAAGGUUUAACCGUUGUGAUAUUUACAUGCAAAACUGCCACAAUUAUGAAACUAUUCAUCGAAGGGUCAUUGAUAAAGAGGUACAACCGCGUUCAUUACUUUUUCCCUUUUAAUGUUAUAGCAUUAAACGUGAGGUGCUGGCAAAAGUAUACCAGCAACAAUGAGAUCAGUUUGAAAAGGCGCAACGGUAAACGCUGGCCGUGCGCACGUAUUAAUAUAAUUUUAGGAAUAAAAGGGUCAAGAGCAGCGGUACAAUGUUCGGUGACAUAGGUAGGAUGUGCAGCAACGUGGCGAUGCGGAUGGGCCGCGUUAAAAAGCUCGACUCUAACGUCAUGCAAACGGAACUUAGCAGAUGCCUCACCACCGCUGACAUUACCCUCUUAGGCAUCGGGCACAUGUUCGGGGCAGGAAUCUACGUGCUGACCGGAACAGUGGCCCGCGACACCGCUGGACCGGCCAUCAUCCUCUCGUUCCUGCUCGCCGGUUUCGCUUCGCUUUUGUCUGCAAUUUGCUAUGCAGAAUUCGGUGCCCGCGUUCCUAAAGCGGGAUCUGCUUACGUCUACACAUACGUCACUAUAGGAGAAUUCUGGGCAUUCGUUAUUGGAUGGAACAUCGUUUUAGAAUACCUGAUAGGCGGCGCCUCAGUAGCCCGCGCCUGGUCGAGUUACGUGGACUCACUCUUCAACGGAGCUGUCCAAAAUGGCACCAUUGCUACCUUCGGCACAAUGCACUCACAAUACCUGGCUCCCUAUGUAGAUCCCCUUGCUUUCGGCAUUACGUUGGUCUUUUGUUUAUUUCUCACUAUAGGAGUAAAAAGUUCCACGAACAUCAACUCUGCCCUGACGUGCGUAAAUAUGGCUGUCGCCAUUUUCGUAAUUGUCUUCGGGUUGUGGUUCGCGGAUAUCAAAAACUGGCAGGGUCCUGGAGGUUUCGCUCCCUACGGCGUCACGGGAGUGGUGGCCGGAGCUGCAACUUGCUUCUUCGCUUACGCAGGCUUCGACGGCAUCGCCACGGCGGGGGAAGAGGCCAAAAAUCCAUCUCGGUCAAUCCCCAUCGCGACGAUGCUUUCCAUGGGCAUCGUGACAUGCGCCUAUAUAUUGGUGGGAGCCACGCUGACUUUAAUGGUUCCCUACAGGGAAAUUCACGUUGGUUCAGCUCUUCCCGACGCCUUUGCAGUUAACAACAUCAUGUGGGCCAAAUAUGUUGUGAGUAUCGGGGCUCUGUGUGGCAUGACCACGUCUCUACUGGGUAACCUGUUCUCGCUGCCCCGAUGUGUGUACGCCAUGGCCUCGGAUGGGCUAAUCUUCUCACAGUUCGCCGUCGUAUCUGAGAAGACUAAGUUACCCAUGCUGAACGUGGUGGUGUGUGGGCUGUUGACGGCAUUCACGGCUCUUAUUUUUGACCUCGAGAAGCUCGUGGAGUUUAUGAGCAUCGGAAUACUGAUGGCCUACACCAUCGUCAGCGCCUCCGUCAUCAUACUGCGCUACCAGCCCGAACACAGCUGGAGCAGCAAGACAGACGUGGACGCUGCAGUUGACGUGCCGCCCACUCCAGCCACCCCUGCUGCACCUGCCGACAUCGAGCCGGGGCGGGCGGAGGGCGAGGGCAGCAUGGGUGGACGCCUGAAGCCGAAGUGCUAUUGGGUUGCGUUGGUGUUAGGCCAGCGGGAGCCUGGGGUGGUUGUGAGCUAUGCUGUGGUGGCGUUCACGGCAGUGUCGGCAGGGCUGUGCUUGCUCAUGCAGUACGGGAUGGGUAGCGUGACUGCCAACACUUUACUGCACAACCAAACACUGCAAGAGGCUGUACUCAGGUACCCGAUGUUGUACGAGCGUUUGAUGAAGUCGCGGGGUCAGGCCACGCCGGACUGGGCCAUCGUCCUUGCCGUCUUCUUCUGCGUGCUGCUGCUCACUUGCGCAGGCGUGAUCAUGGCGCACACACAGAGCGCGUUGCGCCUCAGCUUCAAAGUGCCCUUUGUGCCCCUGCUGCCUCUGACGUCCAUCUUCGUGAACAUUUCCUUCAUUGUGCACCUCAACCCCAUGACCUGGGUCCGCUUCAUCGUCUGGAUGACAAUAGGCCUGCUGCUGUACUUCUGCUACGGCAUUCAUCACUCCCGGCAGACGGCUCCUCUUAGCAGCUACACGACUCUGCUACCUCAAGAUCCAGGCUCUUCAGCAUCACCUUCGUCGGCAUCGCCGGCGGAAGCGGGACCUUCUGCUGCAAAACCCUCUUCAGAUGCUUCGGACAUUACUAUGAAGUCAUCGAAAGUGGAUCCCGCUUCAAAGAAAUCUUUCGCGAACACUUUAGCGUCCACACUGAGUCAGGUGUCAAAGAAAGUAUCCAGCUUGUCCUCGUCCAUACAGUCGAAGAAGAAUUACUCGGACUUGGACACGACAGCGGACGACGCAGUCAUGCUUACGGCUGAAGAGAGUCCUGCAGUCAAAGACGAUAACGUUUAAGUCAUCAACAUCAUGUUCCGUAUGAGGAACUCGGUGUGACCUGCAAGUUAUCCUUAUAUCUUGGUCAUUUAGGCCAGUCAAAUUUUUGUGUAGUUCAAAUAUUUUGUUCUUGCUGUGGUAAAUAGUGCUUUAACGAAAGUAUUGUGUAUGCACUUCCCUAUGUACUAACUGCAUUAUGAUCGAUAUGGUCGUAUGGGGCUCAUAGGAACUUCACUAAUUAAUGAAAUUUAGGGCUCCAUUCAGCGCUUCAGUAGCUGCCCUGAUUAUGAAAUGGGACCCACUUGACACCCCCAUGCAGUAACUUAAAUUAUAAGGGAUCAUGAGUCCCAUUUAAAUCUAAUCCAAGUGCAUCCAUGUGCCGAUGUCUGCCCCGUUUGUCCUAAGUUGCACAAUACCUGGGAUUUAUUAUGGGUAGCUGAAGCAGAGGACGGCUGAUUCGUUAGAUGCAAAGCAGGGAUAACCUAUUGCUUGCUACCGAUUAUAUCACUACUUGGUUAAAGUUCCUACCGUGAUAUAGGGUCCUGUAGUGGGAGCAGACUUGGUUCGUACGGUAUUCUAUAAGGAGCUUAUACCUUGUUUCAAUCGUUGUCUUACUACAUGUUGUGGCCAGCUUGACAUGCAAGAGCAUUAAUCAAUUCAUUCCUCUGCUUUGAGGAAGCCAGAGUGGCGAUUUUAGAGGGUUUUGUUUAAAUUUUAAAUGUAUUUUAUGUUGUGAUGGCAUUCGACGUUAGUUUCGAUUUGUAUCUUACCUCUAACAUAUUUGCGUAACGUUAUUUCAACAAAUAAUUAAGUGGUACCUAUCCAGUUAUAGCCAAGUCUCGAAAAUUUAUCAUCGUUAGAAGAAUUGAUUUGUAUGCCAUUAAAACUUACUAAUAUGACAAAUGUUCACGUGACAAAUGAAAUAAUAUACAGGCGUGACAGGUUCUCCGAGAAUAUGUAUUAAUCCCAGAGGAUUUAACUGGCGCUAUUAAGGUUAAAUAAGUGAGUGUAUUGAAACGCUUUCAAGAUACCAACAUUUCUAGAUGUUUUAAUGUACGUGUUUAUAUCGAAACUGGAAUAUUUAUUAUCUGAGCCGGAAUAGUGUGAUACAAAGAUGGCGGCGUAGCAACGCGGCUAACGUGGAUACGCGCGGGAGCUUGGCGAGCCCGAUUCAUUUACUGCAACGAUUCCUGACUGACUACUGAAGCAGCAUUUCAUAUGGAAUAAAAUUAAACUAUGAGCUAUGGAAGAAGGCAAUUAACAGUACUCUUGGUAAUAUUAAUGCUCGCUUAUUAAGUAUGCGAUUUUUUACUCCCAUUUAUCCGUCAUCAGUAAGUGAUCUUUAUACUUUAUAAGGGCCAACACUCAUAGAAAAUAGCAGUUUCUCUCAAAUAAUUUUAAAAUAUUUCGAAUGUUUUCGGGUGGCGAUUGAUGUUUGGCCAGACUCGGUUAAAUUUUUAAAUAUAUUCAAAAUGUUCAUGCCAUUUAAAAUAUAUAAUCCGGCCUUGUGAAUGAUAUUAUCCAGUGUCAACACUGAAAUUAAAAAAUUAUCUCUCUGGAGAAGUUCAAAUCAAUGUUUUUAAUCAAGACGCCAUAUUUCCUAUGCCUUGUCCACAUUGCAGGGAAAUUUCAAGCUUGUAGACCUCACAAAUCAUACGUGGCUUAAAUAUACUAUAGGAAGAUUCAUGAAAACUGUAUUUGAUGUCCGUUCAUCUUGAAGUGAUAUAAUGUUGUUAAUAUUAUGACUAUAUUUUUGUGUCCCAUAAUGAAUGUUGCAUUCAAAAUGC